GGGGGGGAAGCCCAGAAAGACUGAGUUCCCAUAUCCAGGCGGGGCUGGACUGGUGACAAAGACAACUAUCCCAGAUUCUGUCAGGAGUUAGUUGGCCUGAAAGAAGAAAGUCAUGGAGUCCCUUGAAGAAAUAUCAGAGGAAGAGGCUCCCAAAGGACCCAGAACUUCCUCCUUCCUGUCCGGGAAGCUCACAGCCAAGGAGAUUCUGGCCACCAAGACCCAAAACUACUUUGCUGAGACUAAAAGAACCGAGGAUAUCUUAAUGCAGGUUGCUUUCUCCAUUGGGCUGGGUAGCAUAUGGCGUUUCCCCUACCUGUGUCAGCGGAACGGAGGAGGCAGCUUUAUCCUGAUGUACUUCCUCAUGCUCCUCUCGUUUGGGAUUCCCCUCCUGUACAUGGAGAUGAUCAUGGGGCAUUGGCUGCGUGUGGACAACAUCCGGGUCUGGAAGCAGCUCGUCCCCUGGCUGGGCGGCAUAGGAUACGCUAGCAUAUUGGUGUGCAUCUUGAUGAGCUUGUAUAAUAGCGUCAUCAUCACCUGGAGCCUCUCCUACCUGGCCAACUCCUUUGAUAACUCCCUGCCCUGGAACCAUUGCCCACUGGUGAAGACCACCAAUGUCACUGACCUCUCUUGCCUUCGGACUGUGUCCCACCAGUACUUCUGGUACCACACCACCCUGAGCGCCUCAGGCCACAUUGAGGAAGGGGUCGACGCCCUCGUCCUGCACCUCACACUGGGCAUCUUCGCAGCCUGGUUCCUCCUCUUCUUAACCAUGAUCACAGGGCUGAAGAUUUCAAUGCAGCUCUCAUCCUGGGCCUCGCUGGACCUCUGGCGUCAGGCAGGAGGCCAUGUGGUUUAUUCCUUAGGCCUGGGCCCGGGCACCACCAUCAACUUCUCCUCCAAGGCUGGAGGCAACAGCUACAUCCAGGUGGCCUCCUUGGUGGCCCUGGUCAACCUGGUGACCUCAUUGCUGCUCACAUCCAUCAUCUUUAUAGUGCUGGAGUUCUGGGCCACCACCAGCGGCCACACCUGUGUUGAGAAGAGUGUCUCAAAAUUGAUAAGCCUGAUAAAAAAGGGGGUGCUGCCUCAGGAUGCCAAGCCCCCGGAAGACAUCCUCCUCCUGCCCGCCCUGGACUACCUAGACUGGAUCAGCAAUCUCCCUCAACACCUCCAGUACCCGGUCAUCCACUUCUCCCCAUCCUGCAGCAUCGUGACCCAGAAGGAUAAGUUCAUGGAGGGCCCUGGCCUGGCAUUCGCAGCUUUCUCCCAAGCCAUCUCGCUGUUCCCUGGCGCCUCUCUCUGGGCCAUCCUCUUCUUCUUGGCCCUGGUCAUCAUGGGGCUGAGCACCUUGAUGAGCAUCUUGGAAGGCAUUGUCUGUCCCCUCCAGACCUCCUUCUCCCUCUUCAGGAGGUAUCCCAAGCUGCUCUCAGUGCUCGUCUGCUUGGGAGGUUUUCUGGGCAGCCUCGUCUUCACCAGUCACGCUGGCAGCUACAUAAUGUCCUUGUUUGAUGACUGCCUGGUCCCGCUCACCCUCAUCGUCAUUGUGGCCUUCCAGAAUGUGGCCCUGGCCUGGAUCUAUGGAGCCAGGAGAUUCAGGGAAGAAAUGUUCAGUAAACUGGACCGCCUGCUGUGGUCCUUCUUCACUUUCCUGUGGCGCUACGUGACCCUGCCUGGGCUGCUGGCCCUCUUCACCAUCUGCCUCAUGCAGCUCCACCGGAGGGUACCGUCCUACUACACCGCCUGGAACAGCAGUAUGAGCCAGGAAGUAAAACAGCCCUACCUGCAGAGCGCCCUGAGCUGGGUCACCUUCCUCAGCAUCCUCACCUUUCUGCCAAUCCCAGUGCAGCCACUCCACCACUGGUGGCACCUCGAGGACCACGUUGCUUUUGAUCCCUUUGAAACGCUACAGUCCAAAAAGAUGCCCUUGGUGCCCCCCAAGUCGUUACAGUACCCCAAACACCAAUUGGUGACGUCCCAGAAGACAGACACUGAAUGCUCAUCUAGAAAAGUCAACCCACCCUUGAUUAGGAGGCUGAACCUGAGCUCCUUAUGGAGGUUCAGCCUGCCCUUGAGUGAGUACAGCCAGAGCUCUUCCUGGUUCAGCCUGCCUGUCAUUUCAUCCCUGACAUCUGCGCUGUCCAUGAGGAAUGCCAGCACUCCCGUUUCAAGGCAGGUGAGCCUGGCCUCAGAAACCAUAGGCAACAGUGACAAGAGCAGGGAGACCCAGGAAGAAAAUUAGGACUCUGUUCAAUAACUGGUGACACCACCCAUUUUUCCAAAUCUGGCAUUAGCGCCCAUCUUGCUACAGAAAUAAUCGGUCCUGUCGGGAAGUAGGGAGAGGGACACAUGGAAAUUUUGCCUAGCAACCACUGACGUCACUCAGUUGGCCUUGGGAGGAAACGGACAGCUCAGGAGCGCCUUCCUCUCCUGGAAUAAUACCGAUUCUGCUAAGUGGAACACUCUGAUCUGGGGUUGGAGAAUUCAGAAGAAAUCAACUCAGCCAUUCACAGGGCUGCACCUAGGGCCUCCUUUCUCCCUGUGAGGAGGGAGCAUCAUGUUGGCAUGAUGGAGAUGGGCCUCGAGGCACUUUCCGGGAUCCAGCCUUCCCAGUUAUCAUGGAGACAGACAGUGUUCUCUCCAAACCCCAAACUCCACCACCAACCUGGAACACUGGGGUAGCUAACGCCUCCAGGGCUGCUCUCUCAGAACGGGGCUGGGAUAACGAAGCUGAGUCAAUAAAUUGAUCCACUGAGACCCCGCG